AUGGUCAAACCGAGGAUACGGCGCCAAUCACCAGUCUAUUUCACGCCGAGCCCGCAGCAGGAGUCGCCGCGACUCUCAUCUGCCUUUGACGACUUUUACGCGUCUGAUGCGCCAUAUUCUCGACCCUCGAGCGGCCUCUUCGCUUUCUCGGACUGUUCGCUGCCACCGUACGCCAUGGCCUCCCGGCCACCCACGUUGACCGAGAUCCUUCUCGACACGGCACCUCCGCCGUGGACCCUCAGUGCCUUCAUGGCAUACCUCUCUCAAAACCACUGCAUGGAAACGCUCGAGUUCACGCUCGAUUCGCAGCGAUACGCCGCUUUCUACGAGCAACUCGGCGCUGAGGUUCCUCCAACGCGCGAAAGCAGCGAGAGGGUUUGCGGUUUCUGGGAAAAGCUAAUGCAAGUCUACAUUGUCCCUUGCGCUCCUCGCGAGGUCAACAUUCCGUCCCGCGUCCGAGACCGACUUCUUAGCCUCCCAUAUGGACAGUCUCCUCCUCAUCCGUCCGAGCUCGACGAGGCCGGGCGGAUCAUCUACGAACUCAUGAACGACUCUCUUCUCGUUCCCUUCCUGCAGUCCGUCGCGCCCAUGCAGCUCAUGAGCCCCACGGAAGAGCACAACAUAUCUCCUCGCCGACGCUCACACCACAGCGGGGGUCGCGGAAUCGGGCAUCAUGCAUCUUCCUCGUCAUCGGCCUCGCCCCGCGCUGUCGACCUCGAGGCGCUGACCGAUGAUAGCGACAGCAACUCGCCGGGGACGAUGGAACCCAUGACGCCGCCCACGACCCCACCAACAUCCGAGUAUACUUUCAAUACGUCUCCUGGAGGCUUCCAGCGCGCCGUGGCCGCACACAACAAGGGCUGGAAGAAGGUGGGAGCCAAGUUGGGGUUUAGUCGAAAGGGAUCCAGCCGGAGGUCAACGCCCACCUCUUCGAGCUCUUCCAACGCGGAUUGCGACUUGCCUGCUGCCGAGACGAGCCACCACGCCCACGGCUUAUGA